GCAUUCAUGAAAAUUAAUUUUGUGUCGUUUUAGAAAAAGUAAAUUUGUGGCCACUGUUAAAAACAUUUGAGUAAAUGUUAAAUUGUGCUUGGCUGUGUGUUAGUGUUUUGCUGUUAGUAUGUGUUUGCCCGAAUGAGUGGCGGACGUCGUAGGUUGUUCCGUGAUUAUUUGGUUAACAAAUCGUAAUAAAUAAAAUAAAAAAUACAUGAGAGUUUCUGUGUUAAAACAUAAAUACUGUGCACUUAAAUUCAAAUUAAAAGUUGUCAAAGAUUCAUAAUGUGCAACAGAAAUUAACAGCAAAUACACAACAACAAAAUAAACAACAAUAAAAACCACAGCAAUAAUAACAAAAUCACCAUGAAGAUGGUGGACAAAUCGUCAAAACUGAUGGAUAAAUUUGUCGCCAGUGGCAGCAGCGGUGGCUCAGCCGCGGCGUCGGCAGCAGCCAACGUAGCUGCCGCCAGCGCUGCAUCAGUCACAGCGGCUGGCUCAGCCAGCGGCGUCUGCGGCGGCGUCAUCGGCUACGGCGCUGGCAGCAGCAAUAUGACGAGCAACGGACAGAAGCCGGUGCCUAUGAAACUUUUCGCCGCCUGGGAAGUCGAUCGAACGCCGCCCAAUUGCAUACCAAGACUCUGCUCGUUGACAAUAACGCGUCUUUCCAUCCUGAGUCCCCUGCCGGGGGACACGACCUCGCUUUCGCUAGCGGUGAAAAUGCAAAGCUCCAAGCGAACACUUCGCAGCCACGAGAUACCCAUCAAUGGCAGCGCGCUGACAUCUGCGGCAUCCAGCCGGGAGAGCUCCAUGCAGGGCAAUUCGCCGCUGGCCAAUGUGAUUGGGGGCUCGGGCCUGAUUGGCACACCGGGGAAUGUCGGUAAUGCUGGCAUUGGCACCGGCGCCCUCCCACUGACAGAGACGGAACUGGACUUGCACUUUAGUUUGCAGUAUCCGCACUUUAUAAAGAGAGAUGGCAAUAGACUGGUGAUUUUGUUGCAGCGCCGCAAGAAAUACAAAUCGCGCACAAUUUUGGGCUACAAAACGCUGGCCGAGGGCAUAAUACGUAUGGAUGCAGUGCUUCAGAAGUCGAUGGACAUGAUCAUUGAACUAACUGCAUCGGGCAAGAAUGGACGGCCCGGCUCUGUGGUCGCCUGCCUACGUGCCGAACGCGUCUCCUCCAUUCCAGUUGACCAUGACAAUAAGAACAACAACAGCGUGCUGCUGGCAGAUCGCGUUGCAGAAUACUCAGACGAGGACGAGGAAGCCGAAUUCAGUUCGGGGGAAUUCAACGACGAGUCCAACGAGCUGGCCAUUACCGGCUACGACCAGAAGCGUGACUAUAAUCCGGCCAAGCAUGAUAUGCGAAAGUAUCGCAAUAAACUGCAAAGAUCGGGCAUUGAGGAUAUCGCAAUAGUUGGCCAUCAUCCGCAUCCCGUGGACAGUGACAGCGAAUUCGAAAUGAAGGACAAGAGCUCAUCCCGUGCCAAGUUCAGUCGGACGAUUUCACUGCAGCAGCGCAAUUUCAAGCAGAAAAUUGUCGCACUGCUGAAGCGUUUCAAGGCCAGCGGAGAGCUGGAGGAUGAAACACAUAGUGGCACAGCUGCAUUGCGUGGCGAACGCGACUUGGAUGCACUCUUUCAGGAGCUGGAGUCACUUUCCUGCUGCGAGGGCGAUGAUUCCGGGCCGGACAUGGAUAGCAUAUCGAUUGGGUCGACGCCGAAGCCAUCGCUGCGUCCGUUCUUCACCAACUCGCGAAUCAUGCUGCACGACAGUCUCUCGGGCAAUGGCAGCGGCGCCCUAGGCAGCGGCAUUGGCGGUGCAACGGGAAACUCUGAGCGCCGAUCAUCGGAUAAGAGCGACCAAUUGACCAAUUCAUCUUACAAUAUUGAAUAUAACAAAAACCAAAAAAGCAUUCAUUUAACAAACAAUAAUAAUUCGGCUACAACACCAGAUCGUGCUGGCAACGAUAGUUCCGGCAAUGAAGGCAAUGCUGGGUACACCGAUGGCCAGAACUCCGAUCCCCAAAACAGUCCACCCAGAGACAAGGAUUUCAUGCGCCAGCAAGGAUAUCAGCAACUGACACCAGUCAGCUCGGUCACGGGCAACAUGAACAGCAUUAGCCCAGCGCAGGUGCAGACAGAGAAGCGUUCGCGCCUCUUUCGCACGUCAAGCAAUACGGUGGCUCUAGGUAGUGCAGCCGGCGCGAGCAUUGGGAGCAACAGCAAUGCUGCGGGCAAACGAAAGCACACUCUUAGCUUGAGCGCCGAGCCGCGUUCAGCGCUGGAGGCUUGCCUGUCGCCCACAAAUGUAGAGCCGCGAAAGCUGCUGCUGGAUCAGCUAAGCCGCGUGUUUGCGGGUGAAGAUAAUGUUAUACCCGAGGUGGUGACCAUCAUUAGUCCGCCUGAGGCUCUGGGCGGUAGUACACUGCUGGCUAAGCUCGUCACGUUGUUUGCCAAUUCUUUUAAGCCGGCAUUUGUGCCACAAAAUACGGCCGAGGUCAAGGCUGUGCUCCAGGCGCUAAUGGCCAAGAUCCAAAAGUAUUGCAACUCGAACGCCAAGCCACCGCACACGGUAAAGGUGCUCCUAAUUGGCGGCGACUGGCUGCAGGGCGCAACUCUGCGACAUUACGUGGAACUGCUGGGCGUGCGUCCUCCCGACUGGCUAAAUCACUUACGCUUCUACCUGGUGCCCAUUGGCGGUGGCAGCAGCAACGGCAGCGUAGCCCGUCAUCUUAGCCAAAUGGAUCAGGCGUAUGCCGCCAUGUUUGGCUCCGAGAACUGGUCGCAGUUGUGCGAACGCGCAGCAGCCACAGCGGCCGCAGUCAGUGCCGUAACCACAGUCAAUGCCACAGCUCUGACUGCCAAUCUGGCUGAUGCAGCGGCCGUAGCAAAGUCAGACAUUGCGGAGCUGGUGCAGCGUAUACAACGCUAUCUGCAUGCGGCAGGGCCAUGCACACAGAUACCAAUUGCCGAAGCCAUGGUCAACUAUAAGGACGAGGACUCGUGUCAAAUCUUUGUGCCCUUUGUCAGCGACGUACGCAUUGGCUAUUUGGAUACACAAGCCUCGCUGGACCUGGAGGAAAACACCGCGUCUAAUAUGACUGGCAGCGGUGGCAGCGGCGGCUCAACAAACGCUUCUAGCGUGCCCAUACCCAUCGGUAAUCAGAGCACACCCAGUAUGCAUGGUGGUAUAUCGGGAUCGCCGCCGCAGUCACAGCAGCUACAACAAGGAGGCCAGGGUAUGGGGCGCGUUUCGCCACCGCUGCAGACGACGCCAGCGUCAGGCUCAACGCAUCGUGAGCGGGGCGCCAAUGAGGCACUGACAACGCCCUCUUCCAUGCAAUCGCAGACCUUAAGUGGAGCGCUGUCUGCAGCAGAAGCCGUGGAACUACAAAUAGACUAUUGGCCGCUGGUGAGGCACGGUGAGAUUCAUGCCAAGGAGUCAAAGAGUGGCAUGUCGCGUGGCAGUGACUCGGGCGGCGGCAAGAAUAGCAUUAAGAGUACGUUUAGGAAUCUGCAGGUGUGGCGCCUGCCACAGAGUGCACAGCAAAUGGGUGAUAUGUCCAAUGGACUGACUGUUAGUUUCGCUACCAAGGAGAAGAAGCAAAAGCAAAUUAUGCGUUUGGGCAAGAAAAAGGACAAGGAGCGUGAUCUCGAGAAGGAGCAGUGCGUCGAGGGUGUGGCCCGUCUAAUAUGCUCACCCAAGCAGUCACAUCCCGUGCCCUUGCGUGUUUAUAUUGACGGCACCGAGUGGACUGGCGUAAAAUUCUUCCAGUUAUCGUCGCAGUGGCAAACUCAUGUUAAGAACUUUCCCAUUGCCCUUAUCGGCUGUACGCCCAUGUCGUGUGCCGAAUAAACCUAGUCAAACAAAUAUCCAAUGCCCAUUUUCAUGAAAACUCGCUAAAAACGCGUACAGACACAUGCAUACAUACAUAGAGCAAGGGAGCCGUACAGAUGAACGGCAAUUAAUAUUAUUUACUAAGAAGAAUGAUAAUUUAUUUUAUAGUUAAUAUUUGUAAAUUUUUAGUUAAUAAAAUAUGUUUAGGUUCUAAUGUUCUGUUAAGUCAAGAAAACGCAAAUUUUGUGAUUUUAUCAAAAACUUUCGAUUUUUGACACAAGCAUCACACAUCAAUAUUUAAUAAC